AUGGCCGGGCGCGGGGCCCGGGCGCUGCUGGCGCUGGGCGCACUGGCCGCCUGCGCGGGGCUCGUGGGCGCCGAGGCGGGCGCGCGGCGCCGGCGCGGGGACGGCCUGUCCUUCGAGUACCACCGCUACCCCGAGCUGCGCGAGGCGCUGGUGUCCGUGUGGCUGCAGUGCACCGCCAUCAGCAGGGUCUACACGGCCGGGCGCAGCGCCGAGGGCCGGGAGCUGCUGGUGCUCGAGCUGUCCGACAACCCAGGUGUCCACGAGCCAGGUGAGCCCGAGUUCAAGUACAUCGGGAACAUGCACGGCAACGAGGCCGUGGGGCGGGAGCUGCUCAUCCUCCUGGCCCAGCACCUGUGUGACGAGUACCAGAGGGGCAACGAGACGGUCGUGAACCUGAUCCACAGCACACGCAUCCACAUCAUGCCCUCGCUGAAUCCCGACGGCUUUGAGAAGGCGGCGUCCCAGCCUGGCGAGCUCAAGGACUGGUUUGUGGGUCGGAGCAAUGCCCAGGGAAUAGACCUGAACCGGAACUUUCCAGACCUGGACAGGAUAGUUUAUGUGAAUGAGAAACAAGGUGGCCCAAACAAUCACCUGCUGAAGAAUAUGAAGAAAAUUGUGGAUGAAAACACCAAGCUGGCCCCGGAGACCAAGGCCGUAAUCCACUGGAUCAUGGACGUGCCCUUCGUGCUUUCCGCCAACCUGCAUGGCGGGGACGUCGUGGCCAACUACCCCUACGACGAGACCCGCAGCGGUCGUGCCCACGAGUACAGCUCCUGUCCCGACGACGCCGUGUUCCAGAGCCUGGCCCGGGCGUACUCGGCCUUCAACCCCGUCAUGUCGGACCCCAGCCGGCCGCCGUGUCGCAAGAAUGAUGAUGACAGCAGCUUUGUAGACGGAACCACCAACGGGGGCGCUUGGUACAGUGUGCCCGGCGGGAUGCAGGACUUCAAUUACCUCAGCAGCAACUGUUUUGAGAUCACCGUGGAGCUCAGCUGCGAAAAGUUCCCACCUGAAGAGACGCUGAAGGGCUUCUGGGAGGAUAACAAGAACUCGCUUCUUAACUACCUGGCACAGAUACACCGGGGAGUUAAGGGGUUCGUCCGAGACCUGCAGGGGAACCCGAUCGCCAACGCGACCAUCUCCGUGGAAGGAAUAGACCACGACGUGACCUCCGCAAAGGACGGUGAUUACUGGAGACUGCUUGUUCCUGGGAACUACAAGGUCACAGCCUCGGCCCCCGGAUACCUGGCAAUAACCAAGAAGGUGGCGGUUCCGUACAGCCCUGCCGUGGAGGUUGAUUUUGAACUGGAGUCAUUUUCUGAAAGGAAAGAAGAGGAGAAGGAAGAAUUGAUGGAAUGGUGGAAAAUGAUGUCAGAAACUCUGAACUUCUAAAAAGGCUUCUAAUUAGCUGCUUUUAAUCUACCUAUAUAAUGUAGUUUGAUGUAAUGUGGCCAUAUUAUUUUACAUUUUGUGCAGUUAAUAUUUAAUGUUGGCUUAUUUUUAAUCACUUAAAUAUCAAUUGAUGUUACUUAAAUAGAAUGUUAGGUGAAAAUAUAAGAACUUGAUCUAUUUCAUUCGCUUCUAUAGCAUUAAUUUCCUACAUCAGUUACACAGAGGACUGCAGGAAGGUUAUUAAGUGAUCUUGCCAUUUUAGGAUUAAAUGCAACAUUCCAGGUGUUAUUUGCAAUACCAGAACUUCUUGAGUAAUUCUAGCUUUUAAAAAUUAGUGAAGUUCUUUUAAUGUAAUCAGUGACAAUGUCACAUAGUUAAUGCCAUUGAAAAGGCUGACAUGCGGCGUGGAGCGGUGAGCACGCUGCGGCCAGACGUCAGCAGUUCCCAGUGUGAAUUGUCAUUUCCCUUGUGCUGAGCAGCUAUCUACGCAUGAUCUCGUGAAUGCAUUUGUGAUGGUGAGAAAUGUACGUGUUUGCUGGGAGAUUUGUGAACAGAAUAAAGACUGACUUGCGUGUCUAACA